GGGCUCUGCUGGGUGGAGCCCUGGAAAGUUCUUGUCUGCGCGAAGAUACAGCAGAAAAAAACAUGCAUAUAUAUAUAUAUACACGUCUCUCAUAAGUAGGGGCUACUAACGAUCUGGUCCUUUGUUGUUCUUCACUGAAGCUUUAUUCUUCUUCAUCUUCUGCUUGCCCUGUUACUGAUGAUGGACAUCCUUGAGGACUGGGAGUACCUCUGCCAGUUUAAUGACACAGACUGCAGUGACCUGGGGCUGGAGACCCCAUCCCCGCUUGGCCCAAGGCAGGUGUCUGCCCUGGUCUGCUACGGCCUGGUCUUCCUGCUUGGCGUCCCUGGCAAUGGCCUGGUGGUGUGGGUCACUGGCUUCCGUAUGCCUCACUCCGUCAACUCGCUGUGGUUCCUGCAGCUGGCCCUGGCCGACCUGCUCUGCUGCUUGUCCAUGCCCUUACUGAUGGUACCACUGGCCCAGGACCAACAUUGGACCUUUGGCCUGCUGGCUUGCAAGGUCCUUAGCGGGCUGCUCUACUUCACCAUGUACUGCAGCAUGCUGCUCUUGGUUCUCAUUAGCCUGGACCGCUGGCUCCUGGUGAGCCGGCCCGUCUGGUGCCAGAACUGGCGGCGGCUGGGCUGGGCUAGAGGGGUGUGCGCGGGGGUGUGGCUGCUGGCGCUAAUCAGCAGCACGCCCCACUUUGUCUUCGCAACAGAGCAUCUCCAUGGCCAAAAGGUGAUAUGCAGUGCCGGCUACGGCCCAGAAACCGCCUGGAUCGUCACCAUACUGCGUUUCAGCUUGGGGUUCCUGCUCCCAGUCCUCAUCAUCGGCAUGUGCCACUGGGUGGUAUACAAUAAGGCGGCACACAGGACUAGCCAGGGGGGUGUGGCCCGCUCCCAACGCAUGCGCCGCAUCAUCUGCGCCGUGGUGCUCUGCUUUGUGGCAUGCUGGCUGCCCCUUCACAUUAUUGACAUCCUGGUGCUGAUGGAGCCCCGGGAUUCCCCCAACCUGCCCCAUCUGCGGCUGGCCGAAGCGCUGACCCUCUGCCUGGCGUAUUUCAACAGCUGUCUCAACCCGUUGCUCUAUGUCUGCUUGGGCCGUGGCUUCAAGGACAGCCUCGCACGCUCCCUCCGCAGCGUCUUCAGCUUCCUGCCUGAGGAGCCCAGUCACCAGCAGCACCGGAGUCUCACCCUGACCCAGAGCCAGACCAAGUCCACCACAGAGAUCUUGGAGAAAGGCAUGUGACUGGGGACACCUGGUGGCCAGGAGGACAGUCCAGACAAGCCUCCAGUCCUUUCACAUAAACAGCCCAGUCAGUUUUGCUAUUGAAUAUCUUGCCACAUGUCAUGUCAUAUAUUAAAUGUCAGCAUACCAUAGCUCCCUGGGCAGAUAAACAUACUACAUACUAAACUGACCAUUAUUUAAACAAUUGGAAAUCAAAAUCACCAUCUCAGCACAACAUAGUUUUUAGAAAAAGAGCGGCUGUAAACCUGUCAUGUCCUCAUUUGGCCAGCAGAGGUCCUGGUCAUCCUGUAAUCACUUAAUUGUUUCCCAGCCUAAUGUGUUAACCAUCCACAUCUGUCUUUGGUUUACUAAUUGUGAUCUAUGUAUAUAUGUGCCUACCCUUGCCUUACUCCCCAGAUCAGUGACUGUGGUCGUCAUCUUAGUCUGUGGUGCAAGGGUAGCGCUUUAAGGUACCUACCCUUUGCUCCUCCUGCAUCAUGGGUUCAUUCCAGUCCCCCCUUUUAGUUCCUCCUCAUCUCUUGUUUGACCCCUCGAGGUCCUGUGAGUUCCUGUUGAUGUUUGUAUUGUGUAUAAUAAAGCCUCCCCCUUUACAACCCA